AUGACUUGUCCUAGUGUGCUACCCGAGUAUCAGAAAAGAACAAUAGCACAGAUUGUUCGUGGCGAAAAUAUGGACGACAUUAGAAAUUAUAUAGCAGCUGGUCGUGUUGAUGAACAGGAUGAGAAUGGUUCAUCUGCAAUCAUGUGGUGUGCAUGGCAUGGCACAGUGGAGAUUGCUAGAUUGUUGGUAAAAAGUAAAGCAGAUCUGAAUAUCCAGGAUGAGCGUGGAUCAACUGCACUCAUAUCUUGUGCAGUGAAUGGCACAGUGGAGGUUGCUAAAUUGUUGGUAGAAAGUAAAGCAAAUCUGGAUAUCCAGGAUGAGCUUGGAAGGACUGCCCUCAUGUUUUGUGCAUGGCAUGACACAGUGGAGAUUGCUAGAUUGUUGGUUGAAAGUAAAGCAGAUCUGGAUAUCCAAAAUAGGGAAGGUUUCACUGCACUCUUAUCUUGUGCAUUGCAUGGCAGAGUGGAGAUUGCUAGAUUGUUGGUAGAAAGUAAAGCAACUCUGGAUAUCCAGAAUAAGCCUUUGCAACAGUACUCAAAUGUGGAAGGGAUAUACACAUGA